GGACAAGGGAUACAGGGAAGUCCCUCCCAUCUUAAGUUCCAGCCCAUCCCCAAGCGCUGGAGAGAGUAAGGAGAGCUCUGCCUCCAGCGGAGAGUCAGGAAGUGGUGUCCGAGGCUCAGGCAAGGUUGUGGAGCCCAUGCCUCAGGUGGGACAGGAAGUUGGACGCACGGGGGGGAGGCCAAUCCCCCCAACUCCCGAAUUGCGACGCAAACGUAGGGGGAAGAGGUUGGGUCUGCCAAAGCUUUGGUGCUGGAAGAAAACGCGCCAAUCGCCAUUCGGAGGUUCUGACACCUCACCUUAAGGAUGCAUUUUUACUGCUCUGAACACUGUAAAUAAUCAGCACUUAAUAAAAGCCUUAAAAGACCAUGCUGGAGUCUUUACUCUAGAGUAGCCAUAUCAGGCCCUCUGACAGUUACCUUGGCCACUACGGAUGUACGCUAUAUACCACUGUACUGCAAGUAAACUAAACGGGGAAUAAAAGCUAUCGUUGGCUAUUCAUGCCACCUGGAAACGACAGAAAGAGUUGUCCCAAAGUCCUCACUGUUGACUUUGAACCUCUGAUGUUGUUAACUCUUGGCUGAAUUUUGUUUCGCUUGUGAGAGUGAGGAAAGGCAAAGCAGGUAAUCAGAAACGGCACCCACCUUCUCACUGCAUCCCAUUCUGGCAUCUGCAAAAAAGACCACCAUCACCUUUGUCAUUAAGCAACACCGAUCAGAAAAGAAGCAUGAAUAGGCUCACGAUGGAUUUUUGGAGACGGGUUUUUAAGAAGCAGAUGAAUGAGGCGAAGCCAAAUGAUAUCUGGAGGCUGACAAUGGAUCACAGGCUUGACUUCCACAGCGUGGAACCCGGGUGGAUGGAAACAUUUCAGGAGCAUGCACAUGGAAGAUUUACCUGUUCUGGAUGCCUCCACAGCUGGUCCUCGCACCAAGUACUUAUCUUGUUCCACAUGCAAUGGGCGAGUUCUGAGAAGCGAGGGCACGUCAAGAUGAAGCCCUUCGGUCAACAGUGCCACGAAUGCUCUCUGGACACGUACGAAAAGCCACAGUUCUCUGAGGUCGAUGUUGGUGACAUCUUGAAAGAAUUGAUCCUCGACAUCAGGGAGAAUUGCUAUGGGGAGCAGGUUGACCGCAGUCAGCUCUCUAAGGUGGUCUCUUACGAGGGUGGUCCACAUAAGCGCGAGUUUUGUGAAGGGUGCCAGCUGGGAAUCCACAAAUGGCAACAAGGGCGGUUGAAGCAAGCAGAGCACCAUGGGAAACCCCAAAGCACAGGGUAUCCGGCGGCCAUUAUACAGAUAGAAACACCAAGCCCAUCAUUCCCCAGGCCCCCAGCCCCAUCAUUCACAUGGUCCUCAGCCCCAUCAUUCACAGGGUCCUCAGCCCCAUCAUUCACAUGGUCCUCAGCCCCAUCAUUCACAGGGUCCUCAGCCCCAUCAUUCACAGGGUCCUCAGCCCCAUCAUUCACAGGGUCCUCAGUCCCAACACAGAGUUGCAAUUACUGUCUUUGGUUUAUAAUUCUAAUUAUAGCAGUAUUUAUAAUUUCAAUUAUAAUUUUCAUCAUUGUCUAUAUGCAGAGAAGGUGGUGGAUUUAAACUGCAAUGGAAAUUCAGGCACCCACCUCUGCUGGCUUGGCCUGCCAUGACUUUAGAAGCCCUGCAGAUUCCUGUACGAAAGCUGCCGAACGUCUGCAAAUGCUUUUCUGUAUUCUGAAACUAUUAUGCCAGUAGCAAAUUGUGACGGUGGAAGAUUCACCUAAGGUUCUUUUCUUCCCUUUUAUUUCUUUGUUACUCGAAUAGAAUGUCAAUCAAUCAAUCAAUCAAUCAAUCAAUCAAUCAAUCAAUGAAGUAUAUGAUCAGCUCCUAGUUAAAGUCAUAGAAUCAUAGAAUCAUAGAGUUGGAAGAGACCACAAUGGCCAUCCAGUCCAACCCCCUGCCGAGCAGGAAAACCAUCAAAGCAUUCUUGACAUAUGGCUGUCAAGCCUCUGCUUAAAGACCUCCAAAGAAGGAGACUCCACCACACUCCUUGGUAGCAAAUUCCACUGCCGAACAGCUCUUACUGUCAGGAAGUUCUUCCUAAUGUUUAGGUGGAAUCUUCUUUCUUGUAGCUUAAAUCCAUUGCUCCGUGUCCGCUUCUCUGGAGUAGCAGAAAACAAUCUUUCUCCCUCCUCCAUAUGACAUCCUUUC